CGAGGUUUUUGACAAGUACGGACGGAACUUCAAAAAUGAAACCUCCUCUCUGCAUGCGUAUUGUAACUGAAAGUUCCUUCAGAUUCAUGAAAAGCUCAGCUUCAAGAUUGUUGUAAGACCACCAAUCCAUACAUCACAGCAAGACGCAGUCAUUCGACCAUUGUUUUAGAAGUUCAUGAUGCUCAAGUUAAGUUAAAGAUGCUUGGUUUGACAUUAGCUAUCUGUGCCGGACUGUGUGCAGCUUGUGCAUCUGCCUUUGCCAAGCUUGCUAUGUCUGGAGAAGAAAUCGCUGAGGUGUGUCACAGAAUGGAGGCUACCAUUGCACUGAGCUCAAUGCCAAGUUGCACUCUGGUGACAGUGGUCUUGAGAGGAAUUUCUUUCUCACUUUUGUUUCUCUUCAACGCCAUCAUGUGGACCUUGUUUGUAAAGUCACUACAGCUGUCCAGAUCUUCGCUGGAGGCUACCAUUACAAACAGCUCGGCUAAUUUCUUCUUUUCCGCUGUGAUUGGUCACCUUGUUUUUGGUGAAGCUCUGUCGUGGACCUGGUGGCUAGGCUCCUCUAUCAUUGUACUUGGUCUAUGGAUGAUCCACAAAGGCAGUUAUAAAGAAACAAUAACCAACAAAGACAGGUGACACCCCUAGAUUGCCGAGUAAAAGACUGUUAAACCACACAAGAAUAGUUGCAAGAUUAAGUUUUCUACCUGAACAUUGGACAACUAGAGACUUUUCUCUGAAUUCAGACUUUUUAUGUCUGCAUGGUGAAGAAAAUCAGAUGUUAUAUUCAUCAGAUAUGAUGAGAUUAUACUUUUUGAUCAUACUCUCUUGCAUCGACCGGUAGGGGGCGCCAGCAUGACUCCCUACCGGAGCACCGCUGGCGGCCCCUGCAGGCUGAUCGGGAACGCGCUUGUCAGUGAGGAAGGGGGGGGGAGGGGGAGGGGGCUCUGAUUUUGGAGAGUUCUACUUCGUGUAACUUCAUGACUUCUUGAGGUUAAAUAAAGCUCCAAAGAGAAGGACAGAAAAGCCAGUUAUUUGCAUCCUCGUGUCAUUUGAAGCUGUGAUCAAUGCUACAUGUACCCCCGGUCAAUGCUACAAUACUCUUUGAUCUACCUCUCUUGCAUUUAGUGUUUUAGCUAAGACCAUUACACCCAAGACCAGAGGGUCUGUGACAAAGACCAGUCUCAAGCCCUACAAAACUGCUAGCACUUUAGGAUACGCGGGUGUCAUGACCAAGUGGUUGAGAGCAUCGAAUUCAAGUUCUUGUGGUUAAGUCAUCGUAGUGUGGGUUCGAAUCCCGGCCGUGGCACUUGUUUCCUUCGACAAGAUACUUUACUAUAAUUGCUUGUCUUCACUCAGGGGUACAAAUGGGUACCUGCUAGGAUAGAGGUUAAUAUUGUGUAUGAAAAAGCCUUUGGUGCGCUACGGUUACCCAUAACAGGUUGUAUACUCCCAAGGGAGCUGAGAUAGAUUAAAGGGAGUGGCCCAAUGAACGACACGCUUAUGAGACGGUUAUUGUGAAAUGCAUAAUAUAAGAAUUUGUUAUUAUUAUAAUCCUGUUUCUAGAAGCUCAUUGGCAUCUAUAACUGCAUGGUUUAAUACAAGUUUGUUUUCAUUGACUUAACAUCUGGACUGAAUGUAGUGCGGUUGGGCUCAGUGCCUGUUGGGAUACACAAAGUAUUAAAGGCAUGGACACCUUAUUGUCAACACCCAGUCUUC